AUGAUGUCGACCGACGCUGCCAGCGCUCCAGUCCCGGAGCCUGUGACUGUGCCGGCGCAACCAGCCAAGACUGCCGACCACGACCAGGAGGAACCCGCGCUUGGUCAGAUAGAAUGUGCGAAGCCCGCCUUCCUCCACUCCCCACCCAACAGUAAUAAUGCGCACAAGUCGGAAGCCAGCGAUUCGGAGCUUAGCGACCUCGACGAGGAGGCCGUUGACCCUUCUGCGACGGCAAAAGAAGAUGAGGCUCCUGUCGAGGACGACAUUGGCGAGGUCCUUCCCGAUCACUGGUCCGGGACCGUCCCUGUCUUCAAGCCGACCAUGCACCAGUUCAAGGACUUCAAGUUAUUCAUGACCAAGGUCGAUCAUUAUGGAAUGAAGUCCGGCAUCGUCAAAAUCAUCCCUCCCUCCGAGUGGAAAGAAUCCCUCCCGAGACUCGAUGACCUGGUGAAGCAGAUCAGGGUCAGGGAACCCAUUAAGCAAGAUAUAAUGGGGUCGAAUGGAACAUAUCGACAAGUCAAUAUUCUCCAUCAGCGAUCCUAUAACCUGCCGCAGUGGCGGCAACUCUGCGACCAGAGCGAACAUCAGCCCCCUGCGAGGCGAGGCGAGCGCCGAGCCAAUGUCGAGAAGCCGAAGCCCCGAUCCGCUGCCAGACCUCGUGCUGAGGCAAAAUCGAGCUCGUCCGGUUCUAAGAAGAAGGGGCGAGGUCGACCGCGGCGCGGGAAAGCCAAGGGCAAGAGCCAAGAUGAGGAAAAUGACGAGCAAGAAGACGAGAAGCGCCCGAUGACCCCGAUAUCACCUAAGCCGGACGUCGACGUCGAGGUGAAGAAAGAAGAGCUGGUCAACUCAGUGGAGGAUCCGGGAAUGGACGUGGAUGAAGAGGAAGAAGAAGAAGAGCCACGCGUGUUGGGCAGAAUGGGUCGCAUGGGUGGCGUCAGGCCCGCAAAGCCAAAGACCCAGAGCGUCUCGGCUCGUCGGAAGUACAGUAAGAGAGAAGGCUCCGCAAUGAUUGACGAAAAAGCAUUUGAAGAUUUCGACUAUCAGAUGGACGUGUCCGACUAUACGCCGGAGCGCUGCGAAGAGCUGGAAAGGAUAUACUGGAAAACCCUUACCUACGCCCCGCCGCUGUAUGGCGCAGAUCUCAUGGGCACACUCUUCCACGAGUCAACGGAAAUCUGGAAUCUGAACAAGCUUCCAAACCUACUGGAUGUUCUUGGCACAAAGGUUCCCGGUGUCAAUACGGCCUACCUCUACUUGGGUAUGUGGAAGGCCACAUUUGCGUGGCACUUGGAGGACGUCGACCUCUACAGCAUCAACUAUCUUCACUUCGGCGCUCCGAAACAAUGGUACAGCAUCUCGCAGGCUGAUGCUCGUCGUUUUGAAGCUGCCAUGAAGAACAUCUGGCCUACCGACGCCAAGGCUUGUGAUCAAUUCCUCCGCCACAAGGGAUUCCUGAUAUCUCCAUCACAUCUGAAGCAGCACUACAACAUCACGGUCAACAAGUGCGUCUCGUAUCCGGGUGAAUUUGUUGUUACGUAUCCUUAUGGUUACCACUCCGGCUACAACCUUGGUUACAACUGCGCCGAGGCUGUCAAUUUUGCGCUUGAUUCGUGGCUCCCCAUGGGCAAGAUCGCCAAGCGUUGCGAAUGCGCCCAGGCACAGGACAGUGUUUGGGUCGAUGUGUAUGACAUUGAACGGAAGCUCCGCGGCGAGCCGACUCCCGAGUAUGAGGAGACCGAAGACGAAGAGGACGAAGAAGAUGAGGACGAGGACGAGGACGAUGCCACUGGUCUUCCGUCGCCGCCUGAUAGCAACGGGGUUAUAAAGCCUGCUCGGAAGCGGAAACGUGCGACUGGAGAUAAGGAUGGCGAGAGGAAGGUCAAGAAAAUCCGCCUCAAGGUCAAAACGCGCGCGGAGCCAAUCUGCUGCCUUUGCCCCAACGACAUUCCCGGCGCGGAGAUUUUGCCGACAGACGAUGGCCGGAAAGCCCAUCGUAUGUGUGCACUUUACCUCCCCGAGACGUAUAUCGACACGGUAGACGACAAGGAGGUGAUCGCCAACGUUGCCCACAUCAGCAAGGAACGCCUGGAUCUCAAGUGUCUCUACUGCCGAUCCAAGAAGGGCGCCUGCUUCCAGUGUUCCCAGAAGAAGUGUGCUCGAGCCUACCACGCAACUUGCGCGGCAGCGGCAGGAGUCUUCGUCGAAGAGGCCGAAGUUCCGGUCUUUGGUGAGGAUGGAACAGAAUACAAGGAGCAAGCGUUCGAGUUUAGUUGUCGCUUCCACCGCACCAAGCGUGAUAGGAAGUACGAUGGCGAUGCCCUGGAAGAUGACACUCGCGUACGGGACGGUGCGGCAACAUUGAAGAAGGGAGAGAUAUGUCAGCUGCAGUACUUCAAAGGCGACAUAUUUGCUGGCGUUGUGGUGGAGAACCGCUCGGACGAGCAGAUGCUGCUUCUCGACAUUAUUCCCAACGGUGAUCGUCUCGAGGUUGAGUGGAAAUGGCUGCUGCUGCCCGACCCGUCCGACUUCCACCUCCCUAAGGCAUCGCCCAAGGCAAUCCCGAUGCCGUCUUCGCAGAAAGCCAAGGACCAACUGAACGCGAAGCGUCCUGCUGACGAAAUUCCCCGGAAAGACGCUCCUUUCGUCGAAGGUUACACGUGGGCAGAGUUUCACCCAUGCGCCGAAUGUGCCAACCCGAACCAGGCCAAGGUUGACCUGGCGAAAGACAACCAAGUCUGGCACUACUUGGGCAAGACAUCGACGGAGGCGAAGGCGCAGUAUUCCGAAGAUCCUGUCAAAGAGCUGCAUAACCCCAAGAGCAACUUCCUCGACACCAUUCCGAAGCCCCCCAAGCCUGUCACUGCAAACACGACGCAUCGUAGGGUGUCCGCUAUACCCUCCCAGCCGCCACCCGUAGCUGCACCAGGACCGGUAGUCCAAAAUGAGUUCAAAUCAGAGAAGCCAUACGUCUAUAAACCGAGAAAGCCUCUUGAGACACACUACGCUGGCGCGGAAUCCUUUGCCACACAGAAGCUCACACCGACAGCCUCUCCAUCUCCAAGCCCUAUGGGACAGCAGUUGCAUUUUGGAUCGGAUCCCCGAUACCCAACAGCGGGUCCUCCAUUCGUCCAGCAAAAGUAUAUGCCUGAUGUCCACCAGCAGUAUGUCCCUCGCGCCAACCCUGCCGGACAAGGCUACCAUCAAAGUCCGAAUGCGAUGCCGAGGGUAAGCCCGUACAUUACACCGGGUUCGCAGCCGGCAGGUGGCGUACGAACAACGCAGCAAACGUGGGCGACGCCGACACAGAGCUCUAAGCCGCAACUUCCUCAUGGCGGCUCGCAUGGCUCGGGUCAGCAGACUCACCGCAGGUAUUCGGCUGCACCCACGCCUUCCGUCGCCAUGAAAGACUCGAAGACGUACCGAACCCCAUACGCCCCUUGGGGCGGGUUUACCAACGGGUAUGAAGGCAAUCUGCGAGCUCAUCUCAUGCGAACGUCCCCAGAGGCAUUUUUCAAGAACCGACAAGGUUCCAUCCAGGGAGGUGCCUCGACACCAAACCCACCCGCUCGUCCACAGGCGACAGGUUACAGUGGGCCCUACUUUAAUACACUGACAAACACAAUGCCCCAAGGCUCUGUCGACAUGUACGGCGUGAAAACAACAGCUCCGUCGUACUUGUCGCCCGCCCAACAGGCGUCCCAAGAUAGCGCAAGACUGCAAUAUUCUGCAUCAAUGUCUCCGUCACCCGUAGCGAACGGCGCUCAGUCCGCAUCCAACGGUCAUGGAAAUGCUUGGCGUACGCAGCAGUCACAGUCGACGCCGCUACAUCCAGCAAUUAGGCCACAGUACGGAACUUGGACAAAUCAGCCUCAACAUUCUGCACAAUCUCCGUCUCAACCGGCGCAGCAACAGUUCCCGCAGCCACUUUCGCAACAAUCACACCCUGCUGCUUCGGCUACUCAACCUCCACUGAACCAGGCAAAACCGCAAGCCGCAGCAAAACCUGCUGCGCCAAAGGUUCAAUACAAGAUUCCCGAGAAACAAACCCCAGUCCCUCUGCCUGCCAAGUACCUUGCAGCCAUGGGCAAGCUGCCCUCGGCUGCUACCCCGUCCAAGGCCAGUUCGCAAAAAACUGAGGCGAAGUCGCAGGACGUCGGUCCAUCUCAAACUUCUGGCCCGGCUGAGGACUUUGCCCGCGGCACGCCAGCACCCAACUCCCAGAAUCAUUCGAGCCAGGUCAACCCUCCCUCGCAGUCAGCGACGACCUCAAAUGGUUCCAUGAUACAGCAGGCGCCUCAGGUCUCUCAGACUCCUGUACCGGUACCGGACACACCCGUGCCAACCAGCACUUCUCGGAUGCCAUUCACAAAUCAGUCCUUGACUACGGCAUUCCCUCGACAGCCAGCUCAGCUCAAUCAGCCCCCUUAUAAUCAUAACCAGGCCUUCACGACACCAUCGGUCCAUCAGCACUUCUCAGGACCCGUGAGGCAACCCCCCUCUGAGCAUCAUGCUUUGAACCCGGCAGAGAUUUUGGCACAAAUUGCUACGCAGCCACGCAUGAACCCACCAACGCCUACGACACAUUCGCACCAGUCGAUGCCGUCGCCAGCGCCACAGGCCACUGGUGUGCCACCUUACCAGAACCAUGGAUCGUGUUGGGGGGCAGCGCAGCAGGCGAGGCAACAGCCAGCAUAUCAACCACAGGGUUAUGCACCUUCGCCAGGACAACAUGCAGAGCCGGUACAGCACCAAAACCAGACACAGUACCAGCAGCACCAGUCGGGACCCAUGCAGAACACGGCUCCGAAUCACGCAUCACAGCGAGCUCCUGAGGGAGAAGUGCCUCUUCCAGAAGUCCCGGCGGACUCGACAGCGCUCGUGGAGAGGAUGAUGCAGAACCUCCGCCGUGCCGCAUUUCAAGGCUGA